AUGACAUACGUUACGCCUUUACAUUACAAUACGGUUCAACCUAAUCUAUAUAGAGGAUCCUAUCCAAGAGAAAUCAAUUUCUCUUUUUUGAAGACGUUACAAUUAAAAAAUAUUGUUUCACUGACUCCCAAUCCAUUAGAUGAAACAGUACAACAUUUCUGUAAUGAAAACAAUAUUAAAAUGAUACAUAUAGAAUGUAAUACCAAGAAAAAUCUGAAUAAGAUCAAAGAUAAAAAUAAAAGUUCUAAAGAAGUUAAAGUCAAGAGAAAGAAGAAACCGGUUCCUAUAGAUUACAAUGUGGUAAUUAAGACUAUUACUUUCUUAGUGGAUAAAAGGAAUUAUCCAGUUUAUAUCCAUUGUGAAACUGGUGACCUAAUAACUUCUUUAGUCAUUGCAUGUUUGAGAAAAUUCACAUAUUGGAGUACAGUAUCGAUCCUUAAUGAAUUUCUGAUCUAUAAUUCAAGUAUUAAUGUCUAUGAGAGAGAUUUUAUUGAAAAUUUUAAAUCUGAAAUUGUGAUUGAGGGAUUAAGUCUAGAAGAUAAAGUACCUUGGCUAAGUGUUCAGUUUAUUAAAAAAAAUAGUGGUAGUAAUAAUAAUAAGAAUAAUUCAAUUGAGAAAAGUAGUCAGAAUAAUGACAAUAAAGAGAGUGUUACUGUAAGCGGAGUUCCAAGUAUACUACCCAAACUGAAAUUUCACAGUCUUUAA